GAGAUAAUGAAUGACUGAGCAGAGAGCAGAAAUCAUUCAGUGAAGAGCUUCAGACUUUAUCUUCUGCUUGAUAGCUUCUAGUUUCUCCAGCAGCUUCUGUUUCUGGAGAUUAAAAAGUGGUCUUCCUCUCUUUCUAACAGGACCCAUCAGAGACCAGACCCUCCUGAACCUGAACCUGAACCCAGCUGUGUGUCCAUGAAGACAUCACUACUUUAAAAAAGAAGGCGACCUGUAAGGGACCGGCCAGUUAAAAUGGAGGAGAGGAGAAGGAAGAGGCAACGGAAGAGCAAGAAGGAAGGGGAGGAACAUAUUGAAAUAAAGAGCCAAAGACUGAGGACCCAUCAGAGACCAGACCCUGCUGAACCUGAACCUGAGCCCAGCUGUGUGUCCUUUAAGAGCAACCAGUCAAAGGGGGAUUUCAUUGAUUUUAAACGUGUUUCUGACAAAAAACUAUCUGCUGAUGGAAGGAUCCAGAGACCAGAGUCUCCUGAACCUGAACCCAGCUGUUUGUCCUUCAAGAGUAACCAGUCAAAGGAUGAUUUUAUAGAUUUUAAACAAAGACAUCCAUCUGACAGAAAGACCCAGCAGAGACCAGAGUCCCCUGAACCUGAACCCAGCUGUGUGUCCUUCAAGAGUGAUCACUCACAUCAAGGCCUCAUUGAUUUUAAAGGUCAACAACCCUCUGCUGAAAAGAGAGUGGACCAGGAGAGCUCAGAGGUUCCCAGUGGUCAGUCUGCCCAGCAGCAUCAAACACACCUAGACUCCAUAUUUAUGCUGCUGGAGGAUAACAUUGUCAUGUUUGUGAAGAACGAGCUGAAGAAGAUCCAGAAGGUUCUGAGUCCAGAUUACCCAGAAUGCUCAGAGAGUCAAAGGAAGGAUGAGGAUUCAGAGCUGAGGAGGAGCAGAGAGGCAUUUCUGAAGAUCACACUGCACUUCCUGAGGACAAUGAAGCAGGACGAGCUGGCUGACCGUCUGCAGAGUAGAAGUCCAGCAGGAGUUUGUAAGAGUGACCUCAAAUCUCACCUAAACAAGACGUUCCAGUGUGUGUUUGAGGGGAUUGCUAAAGCAGGAAACCCAACCCUUCUGAAUCAGAUGUUCACAGAGAUCUACAUCACAAAGGGAGGGACUGCAGCGGUCAGACAGAUUGAAACAGCA